CCUGCAGCGUGAUCGGGAGCCCGGGCAGGGCGGCCAGCAUGCGGCCCCGCGAUGUCUGAGGCUGGCGGGGGCAGCGCCGCGACCAGUCCGCGUCCCGGGAGCGCGGCCACAGGAAUGAUUGCUGCGUGGGGCGCCUUCUUCUGUGUGUACCUGGUGGGGACCGUCGGCAGCCGCCCGGCGGCCACGCUGCCCGGCUCGGACCCGGAGGACAGGAGCACCCGCAAGCCCACGGAAUAUCUGAGGAGUGAGACUGCCUUUCUGGAAGAAUUGGUGUUUGGAAGUGGAGAUACCAUUGAACUUUCCUGUAAUACCCAGGGCUCUUCUAUGUCUGUUUUCUGGUUUAAAGAUGGUAUUGGGAUUGCACCUACCAACAGAACUCACAUUGGACAAAAACUCUUGAAGAUAAUUAAUGUGUCAUACGAUGACUCUGGGCUGUACAGUUGCAAGCCAAGACAUUCCAGCGAGGUCCUGGGUAACUUUACAGUCAGAGUAACAGAUUCUCCAUCGUCAGGCGAUGAUGAAGAUGAUGAUGAUGAGUCUGAAGAUACAGGUGCUCCUUAUUGGACUCGGCCAGAAAGGAUGGAGAAGAAGCUGCUGGCUGUGCCCGCAGCCAAUACUGUUCGCUUCCGCUGCCCGGCGGCAGGGAACCCCACUCCAUCCAUCUACUGGCUGAAAAAUGGCAAAGAAUUCAAGGGAGAGCAUCGCAUUGGAGGCAUCAAAUUACGCCAUCAGCAGUGGAGUCUUGUCAUGGAGAGCGUGGUCCCAUCCGACCGGGGGAACUAUACAUGCGUUGUGGAGAACAAGUACGGCAGCAUUAGGCACACUUACCAGCUAGAUGUGUUAGAAAGGUCUCCCCACCGGCCUAUCCUCCAAGCAGGAUUGCCUGCCAACCAGACCGUGGUAGUAGGAAGCGAUGUCGAAUUCCACUGCAAAGUUUACAGCGAUGCCCAACCUCACAUCCAGUGGCUGAAACAUGUGGAAUUCAAUGGCAGUAAAUAUGGACCUGAUGGGACUCCUUAUGUCACAGUGCUAAAGUCUUGGAUCAGUAAAAACGCUGAAGCCGAUGCUAACCUAAAUCUGUUCAAUGUGACAGAACAAGAUGAAGGAGAAUAUCUGUGUAGAGCCAACAAUUUCGUAGGCAUAGCCGAAAAACCAUUUUGGCUCCACAUUCGCAAACCAAAACCAGCUGAAGAGCUAACAGAAGUGGACAUUGGCUCGGUUUAUACUGGCAUCCUCAGCUAUGGAACUGGCUCUGUGCUCUUCAUCCUGGCACUUGCCGUCGUGAUUAUUUGGAGGAUGAAGAUGCCAAACAAAAAAGCCAUGAACACCCCCACUGUACAGAAAGUCUCCAAAUUUCCUCUCAAGAGACAGGUAACAGUGUCACUGGAGUCAAAUUCUUCCAUGAAUUCGAAUACCCCGCUGGUCAGAAUCACGCGACUGUCAUCCAGCGAUGGGCCAAUGCUGGCUAACGUCUCGGAGCUUGAACUUCCUGCUGACCCCAAGUGGGAACUAAUGAGAUCUCGCCUGACUCUGGGCAAGCCUCUGGGUGAAGGUUGUUUUGGUCAAGUGGUAAUGGCAGAAGCAAUUGGGAUCGAUAAGGACAAACCAAACAAGUCCAUCACUGUAGCUGUCAAGAUGUUGAAAGAUGAUGCCACAGACAAGGACCUCUCUGAUCUGGUCUCUGAAAUGGAAAUGAUGAAAAUGAUUGGGAAACACAAAAACAUCAUUAACCUCUUAGGUGCCUGCACGCAGGAUGGCCCACUCUACGUGUUGGUAGAAUACGCAUCAAAAGGGAAUUUGCGGGAAUAUCUCAGGGCUCGUCGGCCACCCGGCAUGGAUUAUUCCUUUGACACCUGCAAACUGCCAGAGGAACAGUUAACAUUUAAAGAUCUGGUUUCAUGUGCCUAUCAGGUGGCCCGGGGCAUGGAGUACUUGGCUUCUCAGAAAUGCAUUCAUCGAGACUUGGCAGCCAGGAAUGUGUUAGUCACUGAAGACAAUGUGAUGAAAAUCGCUGACUUCGGCCUAGCCAGAGAUGUUCACAACAUCGACUAUUACAAGAAAACAACCAAUGGUCGGCUGCCUGUGAAAUGGAUGGCUCCAGAAGCAUUGUUUGACCGGGUCUACACUCACCAGAGCGAUGUCUGGUCUUUUGGAGUGCUGCUCUGGGAGAUCUUUACUUUGGGUGGGUCUCCCUACCCGGGAAUUCCAGUCGAGGAACUCUUCAAACUCUUAAAAGAAGGCCAUCGCAUGGACAAGCCAGCCAACUGCACUCAUGACCUGUACAUGAUCAUGAGGGAGUGCUGGCAUGCGGUCCCAUCUCAAAGGCCAACCUUUAAGCAGCUUGUUGAAGACCUGGACAGGGUCCUCACUGUAACGUCAACUGAUGAGUACCUUGACCUAUCAGUGCCAUUUGAGCAGUAUUCUCCUGCCUGCCAGGACACACACAGCACCUGCUCCUCGGGAGAUGACUCCGUAUUUGCACAUGACCUUCUGCCAGAUGAGCCAUGUCUUCCCAAACACCAGCAGUGUAAUGGUGUCAUCAGGACAUGAUGACUCAACACACACACAGACAACAAAAAAAAAACCUCACGAAUGUAGACUUGGGGGAGGCCGAGGACAACGGUAGUGAAGGAUCUUUGAAAGAAACUGCUUGAUAAUUCAAGAUGAUUUUUGUUGUUGAGCCGUAGAGGGUUGUUUUUUCGUUUGUUGUUUUUUUUUCCCCAUUUGCUGUAUAAGAAGUCAAGAAGCACUGUUUGGCCUGAAGGAACUAAUCUCUUGCCAAGAUUAUAUAUAUAUAUAUAUAUAUAUAUAUAUAUUUUUUCCGAAAACAGAAUGUUAAGUCUAUGGGGUGCCGACCUCUUGACCUUCAGUAAUGUAUUAUUGAGUGCCAGAGUUACCGUGCUGUGCCUGCAAUACAAAGAAGAAGAAAAAAAUCUUCCUUUUUUUAAAAAAAAAAUGUAAAGAAUGUAGAAAUUCUUUGCUUAUGCAAUCUGUACAUGAACCUUUUUGGUGGAGCUGAAAAGCCACAUUGCCUGCAGGGAUUCAUAUAUUUAUAUAAAUAUCUAUAUUUUUGUUGUUGUUGUUGAUAUUGACUUCAUGUAGAUUUACCCAACGACUUGGAAGGAAUCCUUUUUUUUUUCUUUUUUUUUUUUUUUCUUUUUUGAAAAAGAAAUAUCUAAAUAAACUAGUUGUGUCAUCUUAGAGUUAAUGGCAGUGGCUUAGCCAUAUAGGUCAUACCAUGCUUGCACUAGAGCUGGGAGUGACUGGUAUAUACAGAAGAGCAAGUACAUUCCAAACAGAAGGGCCAAUGAAUGGAGGUGAUUUUAAACUUUUCAUUUUUAUGUGAAUGGGAAGGAAAGUGUCAAGGCUGCUGGUAUAAAGGUACCACCUUUCUCCAGGAAAUUGCUAAAUCAUAAUAUCAGGCACAGACGUAUGUCUCUGGUUGUGUAACUUCUUGCCUAUCGGGGAACCAUGGCCCCAUGAUCUUCUGUGGGGCCAUAUCUGAAUUCAGUGGUUUGCCCAUGUUUCUGAAGCUAAGGAUUUGGGUACAAUUUACUUUCAUGAAAUGGAUUUGGAUUUGGGGUUUUUUUUGCCUUUAAAGGGUAAGUUCUAGUGAAGCAUAUAUAUGUUCAGUAGCUCUCCCCUUUAAAGCGAGCAAGUUGCCUUCAUCUAUCUGCAGUGAUUUGGAGAGAGAACUUACGGGUACCUGUAGGCAAGAGCCUUUAACUUAUAUCAAAAAGGUUUACUCCAGAGAAUUGUGUACAUAUCUAUAAAUAUAUACUGUAUAUAUAUAUAAAAGAUUGUAUAAUACUAAUGCAACAAAUCAGUACUGAGAGGGAAAUCUCUCAAAAGAAGAGCAUUGCAAUCUAGGAUAUACUGAUCUGGGCAAAAGAAAAGUUUUUGUUUUAUAUCUUCACAGUUUUGUUUUAAAAAUUGUACCUUAACAUGUAUAUUUGUAAAGUUAUUUAUAGACAUUAACAUAUCUGUUCAUUGGUUUAAAUAGCAUAGUAUUACUGUAAACUUAAAAUUUCACUGAGUUUUAAGUAAGUUUUUAACUUAUUAAAAUGGAGAAAAAAUAUA